GUUACUCUACUACCAAUAUAUAUAUAUAUAUAUAUAUACUCUGUCAGAAGGGCCAAAAAAAAAGGAAGACUUUCGAAGCCAAUAAGGAAAAGGUGAAACCUAAUACCCAAAGAGUCGCCCUCGGAUCGUGCUCAUACAGGGAAACAUCCAAGGAUGUGAAUAUGGCCGUUGAUAGGAUCAGCGAUUAACCCGAUCCAUUGAUUUGCUAUAUUCUUUCCUUCCUCCCAACAAACUUUGUUGUGGGAACUAGCGUUUUAGCGAGGAGGUGGAAGUUCGUUUGGACUAAAGUAAACGCCCUUGAUUUUCAUCAUCCAAGCAAAGAUUUUGAUAAUCCAUGCUGCGACAGAGAAAAGGAGGACAAGAAAUUUGUGAAAUUCGUGAAUUUCGUCAAUCAUGUUCUGCUUCGCCUUGACGGCGGAGGACUGAAAUGGCUGGAAGGAUGCCAAUCAGUUAUGUCCAUUCAUGGGUAAGCUAUGCAAUUGUUGGGAAUGUACGUUUUCUUUAUCUUCAUGUUGAUGAUGAUAUUAGUGAUAAGAAAGCUGAUGAUUCGGUUCGUGUUUCGUGAUGCCGUUUUCACCUGUGGGACACUAGAAUCUCUCACAUUAGAUGGACAUAAUAUUUUGGUGAAGUCCCUUCACUGGUUUGUCUUCCAAUAUUGGAAACUUGAUUUUAUAUUCAGUGAAAUAUGAAUAAGAUGAGUCUGUUCAUAAACUUAUAUCUGGUUGUCCUGUUCUCCAUUCUCUCGUGGUGGAAAGACAUCUCAGCGAUAAGGUGAUAGUUUCUAGAAUUUCUUCCCCUUCGCUGAAACGUCUUGUUAUGAUGCGAGAAGGGAUAGACAUGGAAAAUGGGAGAUAGAUACCCCUGCCCUUGAAUUCUUUGACAAAUGGGAUGGAUUUUGGGUGAAGAGCCUAACUUCACUGAAUGAAGUGAAACUUUAUUGAUCCUGAUAUAAAUAGAUCUACUCAAUCAUUCAAUUCGACUGUGAAGCUGGUUCAAGCUCUGGACCAUGCCAACUUUUUGAAGUUACAAGGAAUGAUGAUGCAAGUUCUCUGCCAUAUUUCCUCCGCCCUGUUGUUGUCAUUGAGCUUUUCCGAAAUCACCAAAUUGGAUAUCGAAUGUCCUGGUUGUCAAUGGAGAUCUCUUUUUGGGAUGCUUGAGAGCUCAAACAAAUUGGAAGACCUAAAAAUCAGAAAGGUUGAUUGUAUCACUUGCAGAGUUCACGAUGAUGGACGAUGGAGGAGAACGAGUUCCAAGUGCUUGUCAUCCAGUCUGGCAAGAAUUUCCGUCACGGGGUUGAAAGGCCUCAAAGAUGAGAUGUCAAUGAUGAAGUAUAUUCUAAAGCACCAGUGCAAUGAUGAGAACAAUUAAACUACAUUCGGCUCCUGAUUUUGGCUUGAAAAUAAGUUUCAAAUGCUUCGGAAGAUAUCCAGGUUCCCCAUAUGUUCUCGUACCUGUCAAAUCCAGUUUGAUGGAGCCGAUGUCUGAAAGAUGUUACAAAUGCUGCAUCUUAUUAUUCUCGGGGUGUAAAUCUUUAGAUAUUUGCUUUUGCAGACGUUUUCAUGAGAGCAGCCGGUUUAUUUUAAGCGUGCUUGGGGUACGCAAAGUUGAAAUGUGCCUAGCGGAGUCACAAAAUAUGGGUCGUGUAGUUUUACUUUAGUUUACAUUUUGCCUCCUCGCUCGUAGGGUACUUAGAUUUUAUAUUUUACAGACCUUGUAAGUUGCGACUGUUGGGGAUUUUGAUCCCUUCUAGACAUAAAUUGCUG